AUGGUUGGAAAUCACGCCGGCACCGCAAAGCUACGCCACGCCUCCCAGGCAUUCUCAAAUUCGUUCGUGCAAGAUGAGCAGACGGCAACGGGUCGCUGCGAAGUGGACGAUGUUCCUCAUCUUCAUCCGACCCCGCCUGAGACGUUUCUUGGAUGGAGGAGACCUCUUGCCCUUGAGGAUACUGCUCGGCUACUGGACUCAGCAUCAGAUUCAUCCUCACAGUCUAUCAAGAUCCCCAAAUCCUGCGUCUUCUUCUCACCAAAACCACCUCCGCGUCGAUCCGACCUGGCAUGCGAUGUGAGGCCUGUUAGCAUCACCCACCCAAUUGAGGCUAGCUUCACAGACCAGCCAAGCUCUCAAGGGUCGACUCUCGGCAACAUCCGCGAAGACUCUCUCUCCUCGGUCUUUUCAGACUAG